UUGGCCUAGAGGCGGUCUUAAGUCUCCUGUUUCCAGGAAGUUUCUUAGUCUUUAGCUGCCAUUUGGUUUCCUGUGUUAGGAGCAAACAGACUUGACCUCACACGUGAACCAGAUUCAGAGGAUGACGGGACAAGAUGAUCUGCAGGAUCCUGCUGCACAUCGUCCUCAACUCAUGUGUCUGUGCAGCAACAUUUGAAGUGAAUGUGACACAGAGCUCCUAUCAGGCAGAGGAGAACCACCACAUCACACUGGAGUGGACCUUCACCACCAAACCUGACAUGUCUUUCACUUCACUGGACAUCCUCUGUUUCCUGGUCACUGAUCAGAAAGUCUCAGUCCUGUAUCGUCUACGUGAAGGUGUUGAGGUGUCAGAGUCCCUGGAUGAAUGGUUUUCAGGACGAGUCCAGGGAGACAAAGACGUCCUCAGAGAAGGACGAAUCAGACUUCAUGUGUCCAGACUCAGGACUGAUGACUCUGGUCAGUACCAGUGUGAAGUCAACACAGAUUAUGGCUCCAGAUCUGGCAGAUGUGAACUCAACGUCAUUGCAGCUGCUGAUCAGCCUCAAACUCAGAGACCAACGUUGAGUCCAGAACCAGAGACCGGAGGACAGGGGAGACUAAAUGAUGGACUAACAACUGUAGCAGCGUUAGCAGGAGCGGCAUCAGCUCUGGUGUCUGUCUGUAUUGUGGUUUGUUGUCAGAAACCAAGAAAGGUCGAAAAACACAUAGAAAUGUAGGUUUGUGUAAAAGCUAAGUCCUCCACUUACUUCCUUAUUAUUCAGUGUAAAUGAUGUUCCUGAUAAUCUGAGUUUAAAUGAGUUCUUAAAGCAUUAAUAACUGAAGUCAUUGUAAAUAAUUAGUCUUUAUCAAAUGAUACAGUCAUGGAGAGUCUUCAUGAAACCUGCUCUGGAUUAUUCUGAAGCUCUCACACUUUAAAGAGUGAGUCAGUAGUUACAGAUUGAGCUUUUGUGCAAAAGUUCUUGAGAAAACAAAGAUGAUUUCAUUCUGGUUUUCUCCAUCAUCUGCUGCUUUGCUAACGUAAACAUCACAUAUUCAAAACUCGAGUUAGUUCAACGUUUCUUGAAGACGUCCAACUAUUCAUCCGAGGCUUCUUCAGCUACAAAUCUGAUCUGUUCUGAAAUGUGAUGAAGGCCACAAGAGGGCACCGUCAUCCUGCUAACCAGGGAUGUAGUGAACUCUGUCCUCAGUUUGUUUCAUCACAUGUUAUCAAGGAGAUCAAAUCACAUUAAGAAGCUGGGAAAAUGAUCUGGUGCUUUCAGAUCCCAUGGGAUAAAACACCCCUUCUAUAAAUCCACUCAUGUCCAUAUGUAUGUGGACACAGUUUCUGUUGUUUUGCCUGUUGAUCAGAACGUAUUCAAGUUACAGUGCUUGCAUGAAUCUGGGUUUAAAGUGCAGCCUUAACUUGAGGAUAUUCACAUACAAACUGGAGGAAUUACAAGUCCAGUUUCUUAAGGGGGUUUCUAGUGAACAUGUCCAGUCAUGUGGAACUUCCUUGUUCUCAGAGCACUACUAUUAAUGGUGCAACUUCCUGCGUGCUUCCCCUCCCCUGAGUCCACAUUGUGCUGCUUUGCCUUAUUACAUUUUUGGUGUAAAUACCUCCUAUGUCUUUGCCUUCUCCUUUAUACCUGCUUCAUCUUUAUACCUGAUCUGCCUCUAUGAUGUGUUUAUCUGUGGAUCUUUAAGCUAAAAUUUGUCACAAAUCAAUGUGAAGUUUUCCUCCAGCUUAGUUUAGCUGUAUAGAGACACCGGGUGAUUUCAGUCUAGUUAUGGACUGAUGUCCUUCAUGUGUUUUUAGUUGUAGCAUGUAGCCAUGUGCUGCAUGUAGGCUAGUUAGCGGCGAAAUUUACAGCUAAGUCUGGACCUGUUUUCUAAACUUGGACUAAAUGGUGUCAGCAUUAAUCUUGUGUUACGAAUAUUGUGUUAGGCACAGUUACAUUUUUUUUUUUUGAGGUUUGCUGCCUUCAAGCUUUUGAAUUGACUGUUAGACCACCUGCUGUUAUUAAUGCCACUGGCAUUUUGUGAACUGACGCAGCUAUAACAGAAAUGUGAAGAGUGAAUGAACACAUAUCUAUCAACAAGCUAUUCUCUGUAUUCACAGCUAUUUACUGACACUAGCUACAGUAUCUUACUUCCUUGUAAAAUACUUCCAAUACAAUUUCUGCACUCGUUAUUUUCUCGACACAUGCAGUUCUUAUGUAUUAAAAAGAAGUUUGGUGAAUUUGGA